AGGGCACACACGAGGCAGCUGACGAGAUGCUUAUUUGCAUUUUAAAUUUUCCAAUCAGGAAAAUGGAGGAAUAUCUAAAGUUACAAGAAAAAGAAGUUCAAGUUGAACCACUUAAAUAUAAGUAUAUCAAUGCUUCCCAACAGUACGUCUUCAUGGACUGAAUUCUCAAUAUUUUUCUGUUUAUCUCUCAGGCAAGUGUCUGUCAAACCCGCUUCCGGCUACUCUGAUAUUACCCGUCUGUGUUUCUUUAAAGCCACUAAUGAUAUAAGACCAAUCGGGUACACUCGUACCUCCGAGCCAGAGUCAAAGUGAUUGAUAUCAAACUAUGAGUGUGUUUCAGGUGACACAAAACAAGAAAGCAGAUAUUAACUACCAAUGUUGAUCCAUACAAAAGUCCUUGAGUUUCACUUUCAACCAGAAUGAAUUAAUUUGCUGCUUGGAAUAGAAAGGUAAAAGGGUAAGUUGCUCUUAUUGAACAUUGUUAACGGCGUUCAUUGUUGAGUGGAUCACACUUGUUGUAAUUACUUCCCAGAAUCGAUUUUGCUAGAUCCAUCAGCACGGGAAGAGGAAAAAAGAGACACUCGAGGUUUUCGUGGCUUCAAACAGGUAACGUCAAUCUUAUUCUCCACUUUAAGUAAAUAUUGACCUGAUUUUACUGUCAAGCUUCGCGCCAUUUCUGAUCGAGAUCGAGGCGUGUUAUUCUGUUCUUGUAGAUAUUGUUACAAUCUCAAUAUAAGCUGAAAAAAUGUUUUGUAUCUUCCGCUAAUGACCCGGGCCAAACUUAGCUCCUCCCUUACAUGUAAAAAUUUUUAGCUGAAAUAAGAUGGUCACUCCAGCACCCCCCCCCCCCUUUCCAUUAUAUCAAUUCAAUUUUUACUAUUAGACUUAGUAGAUGUGGCGCCAUCUUGUGGCAUCUUGCAAAGCCUACAAAGAAAUCUGAAUAGGUGCAUUUCUUACUAGCCAAACGCAAAUACUAAGUUGCCAGGGAAUCAUAACAGGCUGAUGGAGAAGAUAUGAAAAGCUGAUUCCAUCCUUCAAAUAUUCUCUUGAACAUGGUACCGACGAGUGAAAACAUAGAACCGCCCUCGAAAUCAAAUCAUCAAGCCUCGUAAGGCCGGUCGCCUGCGUCAUCCAUCAGAGUUACCUGAAGCUGCCGGCCUGCUCAUGAAAGCAUCAGUAAGUCGGGCCCGCCGCUGUAAUUGGCCCGCUCUGCUUCCCGGCAAAGACAAAUGGUUCUUAGUCAGAAGCAGUCUUGAGUAGCCGCUCUCCUCUUGGGACGGGAGAAUCACACGAGACGCCGCUAUUUGGGAAAACAACUGACGUGCACGGUCUCAGUCUUUAUGCCAGUAAAUAGCUAGUGUCCAUAACAUACUAGCCCGGAGAAAUAUGACGAGCAUUUUUCCCCCCAGCGGUCGCUCCUCACUGACGCUCAGAGGAUCCAACAUACGGUAUACAACAACAAAUUAUCAUCGGUUCCCCAGUUUGUCUCCCAAUGACCCCAGCCUCGUUAUGUAAAAAAAAAAAUCAAAUGUAACUAAAAGAACAAAUGGGGUAAUGCUAGGUACUAAACUAACGUUCCCUAUGCGAGCUGCAUCUGGCUAGCUAAUCCUCCAUUGGGGUACAUAAUGACAAAUAUUGUUAUUGCUAAUGGUGGACAAUGACUAGCGAAUAAUGCAACAAAGUUAAAUGUAGGGUCGCGAAACACCGAGGUGAAUUUUACCAUUUGAAAUUCUCCGAUUCAUUGUAUGUGCACGUAAUAACGAUUCUGGCAAUUAUUUCUUUUUUUUUUUCCCUCCACCAUGUCAUGUCCGACUAAAAAGCACUUUGUUCAGAUUAGUGUCUCAUUGACAGAGAUAAGACGGAAUAAAAACACAUCAUUACCCCCCUUUUCCACGCGUUUGACAGGAAGGAGUCUGAUUUUCUCCCGGGAGAUUGCGCUUCCAUCAUGCUUGCGCGUGUAAACUGCUUGAGUAAUGCAAAUAGAUGUUUCAUCUGGAGUGGAACUUUGACGUCGAAGAAAAAGGUCACAUUUCAGACCAGGCAUGGCAAAGUUGGCGAUCAAGUAAAGUUUCCUUCUAUCAGAGCUUCUCCACGGGAGGGUUUUAACUAAGCGCUAGCGGCGUGUGAAAAAUUGAACUGUUGCCUCUUUGCUCUUAUCUGGCUUGUUCACAAGCAAACACUGCGGACAGCUAAUGAGUUUGUCCUGUGCACAUCGUUGUUUCUUCCCAUUGACUUUUAUAGCACCGGAGAGUCAACGUUGAGAUGUUGAUUACUGAAGUAGAAUUGAAAUGUUCCGGAAAGGCCACCGUUAAGGAUCAGAUAGUUACGACAGGGCGACUUCACCCCGGGAUUACUCUUAAUUUAUUUUUUUAAUCCAUUUUCACUUCAGUUGGGCUUUCCUCUAAUCAUACUUUGAAUGAUGGUGCAAUUAUUGCUGAGAGAUGGUCCGAGCAAUCAAUGAGUAAUCUUAGAAUCCACUUCCAGCCUUUUAUGGCACUGCUUGUUUAUUGCCAGCAUGAGGUCCACAGAGGCCACCAGCUGAGAGUUCGGCCCAAAUGGACCUGUGUUUUUGACAAGCGCUUGGGGACGACCCUAGCAAAAAAAAGAAAGCUUUGUUGUUCUUUUUUUUUACUAUUCUAUAAACAGCUGAUGACUGUCAUAUGUCUCAUGGGAGCCCCCCGGAACAACACGUGUCUUUCAUUUACUAAGCAACAACAGAAUUUUAUCCCUUCAAAUUCAUUUUUAAAGUUGCAUUUGCAACGUGUGUAUUACUCGCUCAAAUAUAAAUGGACAAUUUGUUAAAAACGACUAUUUUUGUAACAUGAUUAGGCCCAUUUUGGCUGCUACUUGAUAGUUUAACAAAUACACAAACUAACUUAAAGGGCCACAUUUUCCCGUAAUAUUUAUCUUAAACUCCGUGUGGUGUGAAUUCAUAAAAUCAUCCUUCCUAGCCCCAAAGCACCUCCAACCACAACAAUACACGUGUUUUGUUAUUGCAAUACCUCCGAUGGCGUCACUCGGCAGUGAUUAUUAAUAUCUUCCUAAUGGCAAAAUUUUUACGGCAACUUUUGUGUCGGAUCCCAUUAGAGGUGGUGUGUGUCUCACCAGCGCUCCACUAAUGUGCCGCGUGAAAUUGUCCAAUUUGAUUUAAUUGGUCUGACAAUCAUUAUUCUUUUACUCCAGAUAAUAUAAUUUGAAAUGAUACAAAUGAGUUGUUGCUUUGUUCAUCUUUUCUAUGCCACUGGUGUAUAGUGACCGCCGUUAUGGCCCCUUUUUUGCCUACGUUUCUAUACUUUUUGCGAGAUGUGAGGUGACGUAAGAAAAACUUGCUCCUGCUUCCGUAGCAUCAUUUUAACAAUAAACGCAAUAGCAAGUGUCCCCAACACAGCAAGCAAAUAAACCCUGUGAAAUGUCACCUAGCGAUUAAGCAAUAAAAAAAAAAGGCAAAUAACAAAAGCAUCGAUGCGCAUAUCUAUCUCUGUCGCGAACGCAAACAGAUGAACGCGCACAACGAUAAGUAACCUGAACAGCAGACUGUGAAGAUCCAAGAUAAACUGGAGCUUCUGCAAAGGUCAUAAAAAAACCAUAAUCGACUAGUUUGACCACCUGAGAGAGAUUUGAUCCUUUCAUUACCACCAAGAGAAAUAUGUUCGGUCUUUGCAGAUUAGUCAAAACAAUUUAGUGAUCCUGAUGACAACAAUCUCCCUCAAAAUGAACCCGAAGCACAGAUUGAUAGUGUAUUUUUUUUUUUUUGUAAAAAGAAAAAAUCUAAAUGUGUUCAUCAUUGAUGUACAGAAAAUGGAUGGAUUAUUCAUAUAUUUAUGAUAGCAACGUAUAGUGACAGGCAGAACGAUUCCAUGUUCAUCCACUAGAGGGCAGAAUGUACAAUCUUUCAUAAAUUGUACACCGUCCUGAAAGCUUUUUAAAAUACGUUGCGCUAAUAUGGUCACCAAAAAUAUUUUGUAAAAAAAAGAAAAAUGAUGAUGAGCAAUAGCAUAUAUAAUCUUUAAUGAACGGAUGAUUCCAAGUUACGCAAUGCACUGCCGCGUGGCUGUCAGAGUAGCGGGAAAAAUAAGAGGUGUGGUUUAGUGUUACUCAGCAGCACGCAUCAGGUAUGCGCGCCUCACUAUAAAAGGGCGGCAAACGGAGGAGAGGAGCAAGUCGGGGCACCAGCAUCACCACCACCACCAGCAUCAUUAUCAACCUUCCAAUACUCUCCAGGAGACUUCCACCAAGGUCCAUCCAACAUGCUGAGACCGUGCAUGAUGCUCGCCGCACUCCUCAUGUGCUUGUUGGUGUUUUGGAGCGGCUUGGCCGACGCCUACCCUCCCAAACCCGAGAGUCCCGGCACCAACGCUUCCCCGGAGGAGUGGGCCAAGUACCAGGCCGCCGUCAGGCAUUAUGUCAACCUCAUCACCAGGCAGAGAUAUGGGAAAAGGUCAUCCCCUGAGGGAGCGAUGGCCUGGCUGCUUUUUGGUGCAGAUCCAAGCCAAGACACUGAACCACGUUUGGACUAUAACAGUGGAUGGUAAUUGAUGAAAACGCUGACUCGUCCUCCUAAAAAAACUAAAUCCAACAACAAUCAAAGCUGUGAUUUUCCUGGAGGGUCACCCUGCAUCUAAAUAAUCUAUUUCAAUUGAUCGAUAUGCAUGCAUGUUUUUUGUUCUAUUUGUCUGCAUUGCUUCUCUUUGUACACCUCUUUGUUUUUGUGGCCUACAUUGUAAAUAAUUUGUAUGAGAAAAAUAAGUUUACAAUAAAGGAAAUAAUGGCAUGAA